AUGACUUUAACGAAACCUGCAUUUGAUGUAAUUCGCCGACUUAUUCCCCAACUUACCUAUGAUCUCCACAAAGGACAAUCCGGUCGAGUCUGCGUUAUUGGUGGCUCUGAUGACUAUACAGGAGCUCCAUAUUUUAGUGCGUUUUCAGCUUUGAAACUUGGAGCUGAUAUGGCUCAUAUUGUCUGCCAACCUACAGCAGCGAUUUCUAUAAAGAAUCCUGAUUUAACUUCCGAAGAGAUAAUAGAUAAUGUAACAUCCCUUUUUAAGCGCACUCACGUGCUAGUUAUUGGUCCUGGCUUAUCAAGAGAUAAGAUGAUGUUGGAAUGUGCUAAGGGUAUCAUAUUAAAGGCAAAAGAAGAACAUAUACCAAUGAUUAUUGAUGCGGAUGGAUUGUUUCUAAUUCAAAAUGAUCCUGAUAUUAUCAAAGACUAUUCUGAAGCAAUUUUGACACCCAAUGUUAAUGAGUUUAGACGUCUUUGUGAAGCAAUGGGUAAAAAUGACUUAAUUUCUAAUGGUAAUUCCGUCUUUCUGGUCGAUAAUAAGGGUGGUCUCAAGCGUUGUGGUGGGCAAGGUGAUAUUCUUACAGGACUUAUUUCCACAUUCAUAUCAUGGGGCGUGGCAUAUAAAAAGAAGGACGAUAAUUCCAUAUCACCCACAGAUAUUCCAAUGUUGGCUAGUUUUGCGGGAUGCACACUUAUGAGAGAAUGUUCAUUGGUCGCUUUUGAAAAACUGGGACGUUCUGUUCAAACAUCAGAUAUGAUCCCGGAAAUUGGACCAUCCUUUCAACGGUUGUUUGGAAGGUAA